CACCAGCACCGGCACCGGCACCAGCACCGGCACCAUGCUGGCGCUCUUCAACAAGCUGCUCGACUGGUUCCGCGCGCUCUUCUGGAAGGAGGAGAUGGAGCUCACGCUCGUGGGGCUGCAGUACUCGGGCAAGACCACCUUCGUCAACGUGAUCGCGUCAGGACAGUUCAAUGAAGACAUGAUCCCAACAGUGGGCUUUAAUAUGAGGAAGAUCACCAAGGGGAACGUUACCAUAAAGCUCUGGGACAUUGGUGGCCAGCCUCGUUUUCGCAGCAUGUGGGAGCGAUACUGCCGUGGAGUGAGUGCCAUCGUGUACAUGGUGGAUGCUGCUGACCAGGAGAAGAUAGAGGCCUCAAAGAAUGAACUUCACAACCUGCUCGACAAGCCACAGCUCCAGGGCAUCCCAGUCCUAGUCCUUGGGAACAAGCGAGACCUCCCUGGUGCCUUGGAUGAGAAGGAGCUCAUUGAGAARAUGAACCUAUCUGCCAUCCAGGACCGAGAGAUUUGUUGCUAUUCUAUCUCCUGCAAAGAAAAGGACAAUAUUGAUAUCACCCUACAGUGGCUUAUUCAGCACUCGAAGUCUAGAAGAAGCUGAGAUCCUGUGGACCACAGCUCUUAUUGGGAAGAUGCCAUUGUACAAGCCCAUGCCCCCUUCUUUCUCCUGCUCUGUCCCUUCAGCUCUCUCCCUAGAUGGGUAUUUUUAGGGGACCCCAGACUCCGCUUGUGUUGAGGUGGAGCCCUUGUUUUUAUUGUAAAGAAAAUAUCCAACUCUGCUCUUCUCUCCUCUCCUCUCCUGUCUUCUCUCUGUCUCCCUCCCAUUUUGGCACUGUUCUGUUGUUGUCUGUGUAUACAGUAUAUAUAUAUAUGUAUAUAUAUUUUAAUUUUUUAAUUUAAGCGAUAGCGCUGUUACUAAACUGGACUGUACGAGCUUAAGGAAGGCUGUGGGCCCCCCAAGGGCAAUCGAGGGUCAGUGCUGGGAGGAAGAUGAACAAGGCAGCAGAACUCAGCCCAGGGKCUGUUGCAGGCUGCACACAGGCCCCCCAUGCUCCCACACCUCUUCCCUGUGACCUUGCCUGGAUCUUUAGGGCUUGGGCCUCCCUGGGGGCGUUAGGAGUGCUCCUGCUCUGCCACCUGCCCAGUCUUCGUGGAGGAACAACCCUUCCCUGUGUUUUGGCCUCCUUUGGGCAGGGCUUACCCUGGAAUGCAAUGGGCACAGCUGUCUGGGGAGGUGAUGCCCUUCCUCUUCACAGGCUCUUAUCACUGCCCUUGGGAAUGGACAUCUCUCAUGACCUGGUAAGAUCAACCUCCAUAGAGCAUCUCCAGCUACAUUACUGCUGCCCCAGACCCUCCUCUYGCUUUUGUGGGCAAUUUUGUCUCCUAUCCCUGUGUUUCCUCCUGACCAGGGAUGAGGCAGAGUCCAGGGCCCGCGGACCGCCUUGCACUGCGGCAAUGUGCAGCACAGGGAGCACAACUGGGGGCUGAGCCUGCCUGGAUGCUGCGCUCAGGCAGGAUGUGGCCCUGGCAAACCUCCGAUAGCCGUAGUGGCCACCAGUGGAGAGCAUGGGGCUGGCCCCUGCCCCCUCCCUGCCCCACAGGCACAUCUUCCUCUCAGCUUUGCAUUGCCCAACUUCUUUGGAUGGCCAAGAUUGCUUUCUGCGAGCCCAAAGGCAUCACCUUACCCCUGGCUUGGAGCUGCUGGUUUUUGAUUUGGUUGAACACAUUGCACAGGAACAUUGAGAGGUGGAGAAGGAGGCAAUUUUCCCCUUGUGGAUGCAGGACCAUGAGAGCUUUUUGGUCCUGGCAGUGGUCCCCACUGGGAGGGAAGAUGUUGCUUCAGGCUGUGCCCUGCUCCCUGUUGCCCUGUGCUGCCAUCCUGGAGCUGCCUGCUAUGCUUGCCCAGGAUAUCCUGGCUCUGAAGGGAGCUACAGGGCCCUCAGGGCACUGAUUGAGGGGACAGCAGCGCUGGUGGGUGUCAGUGUUCAUUGUUCUGCACAUGCAGAAGGAGUGAAAGGAAACCCAGGCUCUGRGAUGGGUCAGCAAGGUUUUGCCUGUGCUGAGUUGCUGGGUCUCUGCCCAGCACAGCCUUGGACCUUGCCAGGUUGCUUAUGGGCCAGUUUGCAGGUGAAGGGACACACAGACUGGCUUUCUGGUGGCACAGGGGAAGACACACUGAUGCCAGAGGCGCUUAAGUGGGGUCAGAGCUGUGGCACACUGGAGCGUCUCCUGCUUCUCUCCAGCUCGGGGUUGCAGGGAGAGGACGGAGGUAACCCGGGGACCAUUGCUUUCCUUCCCUGCCUGUAUUUUGCUGCAAGACAGCUUGCAGCCCGUAUGGGAGGCUGCAGGGUCCCUCUUGGAGCCCUUUUCCCGUACGCGGACUGGCUCC